AUGGCCAUCAUCCCAGAUGUUCCGCACGUCGUUGUGGACAUUGUGGUCGAUGGGAACCCACUCCCUGAGUACCUCGACGAAGACGACGAAGACUCCGUAUCAGCCACCAGCAUAACCAAAUAUGUCGAAUGUGUUGCCGGCUCUCAUUUUGGCAUUCGACUUGAUCUCACUGGAAUGGAAGCUAGACAUCUCGAACGUGGCAACUCCAUCACCGCCAAUUACUACCUUGAUGGUCAAAAGGUUGCCAGCACCGUGCAUCGCUUCCCUCUAGGACACCACCUCGUUUCUGUAACACACUCAUCUCGCCACAGACAAGACGAAAUCUGGAUCGAGCGAAAGUUCCUAUUUGCCGAUCUUGUAACCUCCGAGGAUCCAGAAUUCAACAAGCCUAGACCAGAGCUGAGAGACCUGGGCAUGAUCACUGUCAAGCUUCACUAUGCUUGUGUGGAAGGGAGCCCAUUUCCCUCUUCCGCCUCCACGAACAUUAGCGCGCACGAAAACAUUCACGAGAAGCACCUUAAAGGCCAGGCCAUCUCGCAACAAGCCAAACUUGGAGAAGCAGUCCCAACUGGCGUGCAAUACACUAUCAAGGCCCGAAAUCUAGAGCAACUUGCAAUGUUCAACUUUCGAUACCGCUCGCGCAAGGACUUGCAAACCCUCUACCUCAUUCCGAGAAGUCCCAGUCCUAUUCCACUCGAGGAUCGGCCAAAGGAAGACCUUACCAGAGAAGAGCUCCUUGAGCUUUUGCGCCGACAGGAGGCUCGUGAAGAGGAGCGAAUCAAGAUCAAGCAAGAGCUUAUGAGAGGGCGCAAUGAGGACAGCGAUGAUGACGAAUUGGACGUGGUCUCCUCACGUCCGCCUGCCAAACAACUCAAGGUCUCCACAGAUGCCGACACGGGUAUCGACAGUAUUGAUCUGAGCGAUGAUUGA